AUGAAUGAAUAUAAGUCAGGUUCUCCAAGAAUAACAAUCUGUUCAGGUGGGGAGUUUUACAAGCGCACAGAUGGACAUGGCUCUCAAGAUGUUCGCGACAACAGUUCAUUUAAGGUUGAUCGCAAAACAAAAGCGGGAGUCCCAAAGGAACGGGCACAUAAACAGUCCAGAAUUCUUAAAGAAAGAUUAUUGCUGCUGUUGAGCAGUUCGCUUCUGGAGGAUGAGUGA